AUGAACGCCAUACAGCAGAAAUGCCGCCCGAAGCAUCAGGUCCUGGUGCUCAAGUGCUAUCCGCGGACCACCAAGGGAGCAGUUGACGUCAAGCCAAACAGCAGCGAGCUGAGCUAUCUGCUCUACUACGCGACCAGCCGGCGGUCCAAGAUUCAAAAGAUUGGCGCCUUUCUGGAGAAGAAGACGGCCAGCGAUGUCUGGCGAAUGCGCAUUGGUAACGUACAGGUGACUCUUGGUAUCCUCGCCGCCCUCGUCGAGAAGUCGCCCAAGGAUGCCGCCCUCAUCGCGCCGUGCAUCCUCAAGAUCCUCGACCUCAUCCUCCGGUCCAACGACAUCACCAUGAUCGAAUCCUCGCUGCCCACAUGGGAGGCCUUUUGCGAACACCACGAUCCGUCGUCCCUCUUUGCCGACCAGGCAUAUCUCAGCCAUUACGUGUCCGUCGUUCGAUCCUACGCGCAGCUUGCGUCGACCCGAAACUCGCCAAACCAAAACGCUGCGAGCCGGCCGGUCCAGAUGCGGUGGAGGAACGCUGGGUUGGGCGCCAUCAAGUGUAUUUCGACCUCGGAUGCCCUUUCUUCCGUGAGCGGCCGCCAGAUCGACGUCAUUGUGCCCAUGAUUUUGGAGAACCUAUGGACCGACGAUGAGACGCUGCUCGACCUGCUCCUGGAGCGCGUCGAGGCGGAGGAAAAGGUGGACACGGAGAAGCUUCUGCGACGCAGGACGAGCGUUGCCACGGUCCAAAAUGGCGAAGCUGGCGGCGAUGCGAACCCGCUUGCCAUCUCCGGAACCGCCAUGGACGCGGACAAGAUGGCCGAAGAGGACACUGGCGUCUUGGCGCUGCAGUGCCUUAAGAGCAUCUUCGUUGUGCCCUCCCGAUCGCAGAUCCACUCGGCGACAGCUGCCCUGCUUAAAUUCAUCUCGGAGCGCGUAAAGCAGGGAGAAAAGGUCAUGACGAGCGGCGCCGCCGACCAUGGCAGCGACGAGGGCUGGGCCAUCAAAAUCUUUAGCAUCAUUGCUCGCUGGGCUCCGGUGCAGGAUCGCUAUGUCAUCUUGGUGAUGGCCCUCGAUACCUUGACACACAUUCCCAUGGGAGACGAAAACCUAGACCAACAUGUAGCAUUGACUGCCAUGGUUGAUUCUCUGUUGAGGUCCGACAUCAACCUCAUUGGCUUGAGUGUCAUGGAUGUCCUUUUGGGUCUUAUUAAGCAGAUCAGGAAGCUCUUUACUCUUUCCAACGUCGGGAGCCGAGCCGAGACUCCCAGCGACAAGGCGGCGACGGACAGCGACCUGGAGCAGAAGCUACACCAGCCCCAACGCAAGGAGCUCCUGGGACGACUUGAGCAGUGCGUUGGAGAUCUUGCCAGCCACAUAUACUACGCGGAUCAGAUCUCGGACAUGAUUGCUGCCAUUGUCGGCCGACUGAAGCCUGGCCGGUCGUCGAGCGCCCCCUCAACACCCCAAGGCGAGAAGACGGACGGCAACGAGCAGAGCAACCCUUCGCCUCCCUCGGCGACGGCCACCGCUGAUCUCGCCGAGAGCCAAACCAACAACCUGGUCGACGUCUACUUUUCCUACACCUUGGGGCGCAUCUCGGCACUCCGCAUCGUCAAAAUCAUCCUCCAUGUUGCCAAUCCCGCUUCCAAGGUCAGGACCAAUGCCGACUUGGGCCGCAACCGAGUGCCCGCCCAAGUCUGGGAAGGCACCCAGUGGCUUCUCCGCGAUCCUUCGGGCCAGGUGCGGCGCGGAUAUGUCGAUGCCUUGCUUACAUGGCUGGAUCUGGAGACGACUCCCAUCGAUUUGCUCGCUAGGGACGAGGCGCUUGAGCCGCACAAGUCCACGGCGGCAGGCAUCCUCGCCGCCGCCAAGAAUACUCGUGAGUUGCCCAACGGCCGGCGUGCCGUAUCCAGCGCGUCGAACAAGGACCGCCAGCCCAGGACUCGCCGUUCGCAGUUCCUCCCGCAGCUUCACCUCGCCAUCUACGACAACGCCCUCCACUUUGUCGAGUGCGACAAUGAUCUUGCCGCACUCCACACACUGCUGGCAAAGCUCGUGUCCCGUCUCGGUGUCAAUGCCGUCCGCUACGGCGUGCCCAUGAUUUACCGCCUCCAGGAGGAGAUCUUGGCCGUCGAACAGCCCAUCCACAAGGUUCGAAUCGCGGCUCUGUGCCACGGGUACUUUUGGGCCCUGACCGAUAAGUUUGAGUUUGAGGGCUCUGCUGUGGGCAGGGCGAUUGAGAACGAAGUCGCCCGGCGCAAGAGCAAAGGCUUCUGGGUGCCCGGCAUCCACGUCCCAGCACUGGCCAUUGGCCAAAUUGGCCCACUGGGCGUGGCGGCGCCUCAGCCCGAAUGGGAUCUCAGCCUUCUCGAGACGGAGGAACUCUUGCCGUUUGAUGACCGGGCCUCCCUGAUCCAAUGCAUUGCCGUGGGCUACGAGGAGAGCACCUCGUUCCCGCCAAACAGCCCCUCUGCCUCGCCCGGCCGAUCGCUUUCGGGACCUAUUCUCAACACCCCCAUGAGUCCCGGUUCCUCAUCCAUGGCGACGGCUCCUGACAGGUCAUUGGAGCUUCCGGACCCCUACCGCGAGCAGAUGAUGACAGAGUGGUCUAGAGAGCAAGUUGCCGCCGCCCUGGCCGCCGAGGGCAAGACGGAAUCCAUCACCGGCUCACGGACGGACACCACAGCUACCGGCCUCAGGAACCUGACCAUCAGCACCGUCAACGGCAACAACGGCUACCUCCCGUAUUCGCCCUACGGCAGCCAGCAUAACCUGCGACCGCGCUCUUCUCAAACGCACAUGGCGGACCAAAGCCAUCUUGGACCUCUUGGGCCCUCGCCCAGAUUCCGGCAGGGAAGCAUUCGAAGCGGCAUUUCCCAGACGAUAUCAUCGUCGAGCAAGGCCGGCGUCGCGUCUGUGGAACAGCUCAAGCGUGUGCUGUCCGGCAACGCUUCUCCCAACGCUUUUGGUUCCGAGGACGAUAGCGGCGAGAGCAUGGUGAGCUACGAGUAUAGCCCGUCAGAAAAGAGCUUCAGCCCGACAGGCACAGACCCGGAUCGGCCAACCACGUCGGCUGACGGCUUCAGCAAGAGGUCGAGGUCUGGCAGCUCUGGCGCCCCGCUGAGCGCUGGCUCGAACCGCGAUAGCUUACCGAGGCUCUACCUCGAUGGUGACCGCGAGGAAGAAGGAGGCCGGGGCCUGGGUGUCCCUCCCGUGCCCCCGCUCCCCAACCUCAGCGUCCUUUCAGAAAAGGGAGGGCAGGUGAAUGGAGGAAACAUUGCGGUUCAAGACUACGGGGUAAAGGCCCCCAAUAAGCGUGUUUCCAACAGCCGAGGAGGUGACAGCAUUGCAGCCCGGUCCGUCUUUGGUGGCCACGAUGAUGGUGGCAGAACGAUGGAUUUGCAAGAGCUUCUGAGGGGCAUCGACAGCCGCCCUGGCGAGGGGAGUUUGGGUAAUUUGACCAGACCUCCAUAUUAA